AUUUUAGCGCGUAGCGGUUGCUCCUUCUGCAGCCCUACGGUCGCGAAGCGCGAGAGCUACAGGCGCGAGAAAGCGACACGCAUAGUUUCGCUUGCUGGGGCAAGCCAGCGUAGCUGGCCCGCUAAAGCGAAGUACUGCGGCGCGCUUUAUUUACUCAAGCAAGGGCUCGUUGCGGAGCUCCCGCCCCCAGCGACUGCUGUGCGCUCCUGUUACCAGAAGCAACGUUGCAUACUUAACUGUAAAGAACUAAGAAAGCAAUCAUUAAUGCGAAUAAUCCUGUGGCUUCUGCUAAAGCGAACCCUAGGAUUGCGUACGCAAAUAAUUGUCCUCUUAAUUGAGGGUUUCUAGCUGUAGAAGUAAUAAGAGAUGCGAAAAUUAAACCUAUACCUGCUCCGGCUCCAAUUAAACCUGAACAAGCUAAUCCUGCUCCAAUGUAUUUUGCUGCUGCUAACAUUUUUUUUUAUUAUUUUUUUUUAAGAUAGCGUCUAACAUAUUUUUUUAUUUUUAAUCAAUUUUUU